GGGCCUAGCCCAUCAAUGAAGUUCAUGUUGAAUUUUGGGCAUAACACCCACCUCUCCCGAACCCGAUCCAUUUCCUUCUCAUCAUCCUCCGACUCUCCCACCCGAUCCAUCCCCAAGACCUCCAAAUCCUCCCCGAAAUCUUCGCAUAUUCCCAAGCCCAAGAAACCCGAGAAGCUGCCAUGGAGCUCCAAAGUUGCGGGUGAUGAAGAAAAUGCGUGUGAGGAGAUUGUGAAGAACGAGAGAGGUUUGCAGACGCUGGUGGUGGGUGGUGGCUCCGGCGAUGAUGGCGGUGGUUGCGGAAAGCGGGUCAGUAGCGGUGGGAAUGGAGAUGGGUUUGAAUCCGGGUCGGGCCUUGAUGCUAUUGAUGUUUAUUACAAUAGUUUGAUACAAGCUAAUCCUGGCAAUUCUCUCUUGCUUUCGAAUUAUGCUAAAUUCCUCAAAGAGGUAAGAGGGGAUUAUGUUAAAGCAGAGGAAUAUUGUGGGAGAGCAAUUCUUGCUAACCCAAAUGAUGCCAGUGUUUUGUCACUCUAUGCUGAUCUUAUUUGGCAAACGCAUAAAGAUGCUCAGCGUGCUGAAACUUAUUUUGAUCAGGCUGUCAAAAGUGAUCCCGAUGACUGCUUUGUUCUAGCUUCAUAUGCUCGGUUCCUUUGGGAUGCUGAAGAGGAUGAGGAUGAGGAAGAAGAAAAUGACAAGGCAAAGAAUCUUUGUGAAUCAGGGCCAAACCUCUUUGAUGGAUCUUCUGGUUGGAUGAGGGUAACCGCAACCUAAGUAGUCUAGUAUAUGCUGAUUACUAGCGUUGAAAUCCACCAGAUUAGUAGCGAGGCAUGGACGCAUGGUACUAUUAACUUAGGAACUAAUAUGUUAGCAGGUUUCACCUUCUCUUGUAAUAUAAGCUGGAAUAAAAUUUUGACUUGUGACUGCAUAGUGCAUAUUAUAAAUAAAUGUUAGUUUCAAUGGCA